AUGCCUCCAAUUCCCGCGACUGACCCCACCGUCUUUGUAUUCGGACUUGGUGGUCCUGAGGAGGAAGAGCUUUUAGAGGCGGUGUUCGGUUCGCUAUUGAAAAGGCUCGCUCACAAGGCAACCCUUAAAUACGCGACCAACACCGGUGAGGCGCUUGAUCUGCUCAAAGGCGACACGAUACUCAAGGGAAUCUUGAUAACCGAUGGCACGAUCACGGCGGAGAAGAACGACAUCGUCACGGAGCAGAUCAUCGAGUAUGUGCGGAAAGGCGGAGUCUCCGUUAUCUGUGGUCGCUUCUCAGGCUCUGUCAGCUUUGAUGGAAUAGACAGGUUCUUUGGUGAGAAAUGGAACUUGCCAUGGAGAUAUAGCACUUAUCAUAGAGCCAAGCUCUAUUUGAACACGGCUGCUGUAGGCCUCACCAACGGAGAUUUGCCUCGCUCAUAUUCCCAGAAAGCUGUUUAUCUUAAGGGAGUCCGCAAAAGUGCCUCAUGGUAUAACCCAGCGGAGGACGAGUCGAUCGAUUCUGAUGAUUCUGAUACUGCUGUUCCCGAGUUUGAGGCUGCUGUUGUUUUCAAGCAGGUGGGGAAUGGCUGGUUGGGAUAUGUUGGUGAUGUGAAUGGAGUGGAGGAAAGUGACGCUGUGGUCUUGGGCAUGUUGGGCUUGUCGUAG